AUGAUGAAUUUAGCCAGAAUCCUUACUGGUGUUCUCCUCCUCUUCUUCCUCUUCACAGCACCAUCCACCGGGGAGAUCACAUCUGUGAAGAUCCAAUCCGAUAACCGACACAGAAUCUUCUUCGAGAAGUCGGAUUUACACAAACCGGUCAUGUCUCCAUUGCCAUCUCCUCCGUUUCUGUUACCUCAAUGCCGGUCACCUCCAACUUAUCACGACCUGAUCCUUCACGUAUUGGUUUCUAUCUUAUCUCAGAUGUUGCAAGACCCUAUAAGAAUUACGAACUCUUCCUUCAACAAAUCCCACUCUGUGACUUUUCCCAGUGAUUACUCACUCUACUUCGCCAAUUGCAACCCUUUAUCCUACGUGACGAUGGACGUCAGGACAGAGUUCUACAACACUGAUAAUGGCGACACCAAAGACUAUCUAUCAGCCGAGCUAACACAGCUUCCGUCUCUUUACUCUAAUUUCUCCCUCGUUUAUCUCCCUUUUCUAGGGUUUUGGAUCUUGGUAUGCUUCAAGAACAAGCUAUCUGUCAACAGGUUUCAUUUACUAAUGGGUGUGUUGCUUGUUAUGAAAUCGCUUAGCUUGUUCUGUGCUGCAAAAAUUCAUUAUCAUACGAAGGUUACAGGUAAUCCUCAUCAUGGCUGGAAUGUCAUGUUUCACAUAUUUCAGCUCAUCAAGGCUGUGCUUUUGUACAUUGUGAUGAUGGUGAUCAGUGAUGGCUGGUUUUUGUUAAAGCCGUUUGUGCAAGAAAAGAGAAUUAACAACAAGGUUUUAAUGGUAGUGAUUCCAAUUCAUAUUUUGGCUACUGUGGCUUCUAUAGUAACAGGGGAAAGCGGCCGUUUUAUUAAAGGCUGGAUGACUUGGAACUGUGUCGUAUUGGUGAUAGAGGCCGCAUGUUGCUAUGUUAUAAUGCUCCCCACAGAGGUGAUUUGUUCGUUUUGUGAUGUGACUCGUGAGAGUGAUCAAGAUGCGAAGGCUGCUAAGAAAUAUUUGACAAUGUUCUCUACGGUUGUUUUUGGAUACUUUGGUGUUGUGUGGUCCGGCAUUGUCGUACAGUUGAUGUCUAUUAGGUCAUUGGAAACGACUAAUCUUGUGUUCUAUAUGGUGAUGUUUUGCAUGUUCAGGCCAUUUGGGAAAAACAAAUACUUUCAACUUAAUCUUAAAGAACAAGGGGCGCAGGAGGAGUUCGUACUUAUCUAG